UCCUUCCCCAAAGGGAUUAACAAUGUCAUGUUUAUCAUCCGAAAUUUUAGUUCAUCCCUUCUAAAACCUCCAAACAACAGCAUCCUUUUGCUGUCAAUCCCAACCCUAAAGUACCACCAUUUUAAUCCGAUUCAUCUUAACCCACAACUCUCUUCCCCUCUUCAAUUCAUUUCUUCCCUUCAGCUGGUUGCUCCAUCGAAUUAUCUUUCGUGUACAUAAUGGGUUGCGGCGCCUCUGUUCCAAGCACAAAUGAUCAAGGAUCAGAGUCUAAUACUCCCGGAAUGCGACCAAUACGUCGUAGAAUCGAAGAGUUUAAACGCCGUACCCGUGUUAUUACAAUGAUCACUCCUUCUAGCAAACAGCUUUUACAUGAUGGUGAACAUACAGACAUUGAUGAGCACUCGCAAAUUAAUUCCCCGCCGCAUGAUUGUUCGAAAAGCACGUUUUCGCCAAUGAUCAAGGAAGAGACAUGUCAAGAUAUGUAUACGGAGGAAAAAUCAGUGGAAUCUGAAAACAAGAAACAUAUCGUCCAUGAUCAGGAGAAAAAGUUUGCGGAGGAUAAAAAUGAGAGGAGUAUAAUGAAACAACAGCAUAAGGAAGAGGAUGAAGAUGGUGAAGUUGAUGAAGACGAGGAACUCGCACCUGGGUCUCCCAGUUUUAGAAUGUAUUACAUUGCCUCGAUUGAUGAUUCAAUGGAUAGCGCAGAUGGCAUCGAUACACACAAGGAAGAAGAUGCAGAUGUACACCAUGAUGAAAAGACAACAAACAAGUCGCGAAGGACUCAGAGCAUUGCAUCUUGCGAGGGAUCAAUAACUACGUUAGUGAAACAAGAACCCAAAGGAAAGAGAUUUAGGAGGGGAUUACCAAAUGUUGGUCAGGCUGCAGUAAAGAAUCUUCUGAAUGUCAAGUCAUGUUACACUCCAUGCAUGAAUCCGCAUGCCCAUGACAACCCCCAAAUGUUGAAUAACGUUAAAGUGACCGCAACAUGAGGGAACAAAAAAGGUUAACACCAUGUAUAUCAGGUUAUUGAAUAAUUUUUUCUAAUCUGAUAUAUGGCUGUUUCGCCUUUGCUUAUUUGUUAUUUCGAUCCCCCCUUUAUCUCUCGAUAUCUCUUGCAUUCCUGGGAUGUGUAAUUUGAAGAAUAGCUAAGUUUAUUUACGGCUGUAUUUAUAUCAGAUAUAGAUGGAGUUGUAGUAAUCUUACGCCCCAUUAUCAUCUUACAAUGUACAUGAAGCUGGUCUUAUUGAUCCAAAACAUAUACUUAAAUAUCUUGUGUAGUAUUUAUUUG